UGACGAUCGGCACUCCACCCGCCUCGUCACAGCAUGGCCAUGACGGGGUUGAAGGUCCUGAGCUUCAGAUGGAUUCUCCUGGGAUGCAUCGGCGCCCUUGUCGUGUUUCAGUCAGUCGACGUGUUCCUGAGCUACAGAGCAGCCGCGUCGUCGGCGGCGCUGGCGACGCACCGACGGGCCUUUCGGCCGUUGAAGGCACCCGACGACAACGACCUCUUGCACAUGAACCAGCUCAUGACGGAUUGCCUGACCAAAGGCGAAGCGAUCAUAUCGUGGCGGUACAUGCAGCCUCCGUUGUGGCGCGACUCGGCCGCGAAGGACGUGCUUGCCGAGAUCCUGCGUUGCCCGGAAGCCGAGGUUUUUCUCCCCGUGGGGAUUCGGUCACACGGGUACUGCGAAGAUGCCAUGGCGUACGUCAAAUUCCUCGAAACCCGCGCGAUGCCAUACUGGGUAUACGAGGAAGCAUUCCACAUCGACGGCAAAGAGUACUCGUACCAUGACCUGUGCCCCCAUACCGCCGUGAUCCUCAUGAACCACUACUGGGACGGUCUUCCCGACCGCCACGACUUUCCCAAGACGAAGAAACUCGUGCUCAUGCCCAACGUCGAAAUGCACGACCUCAAGGCGGCGCACUACCAUCGGGUCGACUACGUUUUAGCCAAAACCAAGGACUCGUACAAGCGCAUUACGAACUGGUACAGCCAAGAAGGCAACAACCCUCGCCACACGCAGGUCUACUUCACGAUGCACACAUCGAGCGACCCGACCGUGCUGACCAAGGAAGCGGCGCGAACGGACCCCGUCGCAUUCACGCCGGCCGAGCGCAAUUGGCACAACCUCACGAUCUUCCAUGCCAACGGACACAGCACACUGAAAAACACGAUCGAAGUGCUCGACUGCUGGGCGAGUCGCCCCGAUCUACCGCCGAUCUCGAUCUACUCGAGCGACGGCGGAUCCAACGACACGUACUGGCGGCUCCACCGCGAGGGCAACCCACUGCGCCAUGUCGACUACCACAGCGGGGAAUUCGUGUCGCCGCCCGUGUACGGCAAACUCCUGCUCGAAACGUCCGUGAUUAUGUGUCCGAGCAUCGCCGAAGGGUGCGGAGUCCUUGGUACAGCAGCUCCAUGACAUGGCUGGCUCUUGUAGAUUUGGCCAUUACAUCAACCAAGCGCGGGCGUCCGGCGCGCUGGUUGUUACGACAGACGGCGCCCCGAUGAAUGAAUUCAUCGAUGAAUCGUCGGGGGUGCUGAUCCAGGGCGUCACGUCGCGGGGCGACGUCCUCAUGGGCACCGGGACCGAGUUUCACGUUGACCACAAACACAUUUGCGCCACGAUGGAUCGGGUGCUUGCGCUGACGCCGUCCGAGCGCGCGGCGCGCGCCGCGGAAGGCCAACGGCGAUACUUUGAACAAAUGGCGUACUUUCGAACGGCGAUGAAGUCGUUUCAGAAGCUGCUGCGUUGGCAACUGACGCCGCCUCGAAACGACACGUCAUCGACGACGUAGGACGAUGGAGCAUUAAUGACAGGAUAUGCUGACCGAAUCGACGACGGCAUGUCUCAAAAAAGGUUGCGGCGGGUGGUCCAGGUGCCCCCGCUUUGCCCACCGCUAUGUGUCGUCUUGGAGGCAGAGGACGCCAGUUGGAGUUGCGCCGGCCGGCCAACCAUCCAACGAGGCGCCAACGAGCCGCUGGCGCGUUGGCAUGAACUAAUGGAAUGUUCCUAGAGCUGGCAACUCUAUGGGACGACUGAAAAGCGCUUGCGACCUUUCGAUAGGAUGCCGCUACGUGUGUCCACAAGGUCAUCUUGUACACUUGUUGGUCUUUGCACGAUCGAAAGACCUUUUGCGUCGCCUUUGGCAGCCAACACGAAAGGACAGCGCUGACGAUGGGCGCUAGCGAUGCUUGGGGAAGGACUGGUUGGUUUGGCGUGCGUCGACGGCUGCAACGUACUCGUGAGUUGGUCGCCGCCCUUCUCCCCUCGAUCGCGUUGUUAGCGCCGAGCGAAAACCCCUCUGUGGCUUGGCGAAGAUCGUGCAACGCCGCAAAGUACGCGGCCUGGCGUCAAGGCACGUGUGUGUCGGAGGACCGUCGUCCUUGUCAAUAAUGUUAACAUCCUAUCACGAGAUCUGC